CUCCAAAUCAAGCUCCUCUCAGCGACGGCACGCGCUCCUACACGUGGCAGUGAGUUUGCUGCCGGCUAUGAUCUCUAUGCAUCAAAGAGCACCACCGUGCCUGCCAGAGGAAAGGUGCUUGCCGACACUGACAUCUCGAUCGCUGUCCCUGCCGACACGUACGGCAGAGUAGCUCCUCGCUCCGGACUCGCUGCAAAGCACUCGAUCGAUGUUGGUGCCGGUGUCAUUGACGCUGAUUACCGCGGCCCGGUCAAGGUUCUACUCUUCAACCUUGGCGAGACCGACUUCGCCAUCAACGAGGGCGACAGAAUUGCACAACUGAUCAUUGAGAGAAUCUAUACACCCGAGGUUCUCGUGGUCGAGCAGCUUCCUGACAGUGUUCGUGGAGCAGGCGGCUUUGGUUCGACCGGC